AUGUUUCUAGCGCCACCACUAAUCGUGGAACCAUGUCCGGUGUCGCUCAUAUCUCAUGAUCUUGAUGGCUUAUUGAGCCCUACUACUACCCCUAAGGGUCCCUACAAGCCGAGUCACUCAUCAUGGGACCUCUUGGAUGACCUCUCCCUCUCUGAUCCUCAGUUGGUCGAAGAUAAGGUGAUGGUGGUAGUACCAACAAUAGCCUCUAAUCCCUCUAGUAGCUCCAACACACAAAAUAAGAAGCCUGCCAAUAACUGCGAUGCAACCGAGGGCUUCUACCACUACAACGGGUUUGACCCAUCUCGUGGCAGGAGGCAUUGUAGGAACCAUCCAAAGAAAGAAGAAGCGGUGGAAGUGGAACCAUCCAAAUAUGCUUCUCCUUCGAGUCAUGCCAAAUUUGAUACUGAAGAUGGUACCAAUAAUGGGGCUACAACUUGCGGUGAUGAUGCAUGCAAUAACAAUAACUCUGGGUGCGGAAGUGUCAACAUAGAGAGAACAAAAAUCCAUGGAAGCUCUCGAGGAAGCUAG